UUUUAUUUUCAGUCUGUUCUCGUUCGAGCUGUUCACUGAUCAUAGCUAUCUCACAUGUCGAAGCUUGUGCUUUACGGUUUGGACGUUAGUCCUCCAGUGCGUGCCUGUCUGCUGACCUUGAGAGCCCUUGAGUUGCCAUACGAAUACAUAGAAGUCGAUCUUCUUUCGCGCGAACACCUCACGGAAGACUUCCUCAAGAAGAAUCCACAGCACACUGUGCCAUUACUAGACGACAAUGGUACCUAUAUAUGGGAUUCGCAUGCGAUUUGUUGCUAUCUGGUGGACAAGUACGGCAAAAAUGAUGAGCUCUAUCCUAAGGAUGUAGUCAAGCGGGCUCUCGUCAAUCAACGGCUGUACUUUGAUGCCAGUGCCUUGUUUAUGCCAUUGAGGAACAUCAGCGUACCAUAUUUUUACCAUAAUGUGACUGAGGUGCCACAGGAAAAGCUGAAUAAUGUGAAGGAUGGGUACAGGCAUCUGGAGAACUUUCUGGGCGACAAUAAAUAUUUGAAUGGCGAUACCAUAACCAUUGCUGACUUUUGCUGUGGGGCAACUGCAUCGUCUUUGCCGGCAGUGCUAAAAAUGGAUGCCGAAGAGUUUCCUAAAAUCGCAGCUUGGCUUCGACGUCUCGAGAAGCUGCCUUACUAUGAAGAAGUCAAUAAUACUGGUGCUCAGAAGUACAUUGAAAUGCUGAAGAACAAGUUUACAUAUGUCUAACUAAUUAUUCAAUACACGAUUCAAUAACAUUUCAAAAUAAAAGUAAGCUUUUAUCGA